GUUGUGUCUCCAUGAAACUCUUAUCCUUCCUUUUAGCUGAUGAUGAUGUCGUGGACAAACUUUAAUGAAAAACAAAGUCAGCAGUGGCCAGAGGAUUCGUUCAACGUACAGAUUCUUCAACAACCUGCUCCUCAGGCAACUACUAUUUUCCAGCAGUCUCCAGCAACAGAAGCAUCAUGUUUUGCCCCUGGGCAUCCAGGACACAUUAGAAAGGACCUUGUGGAACUAAUGACGAUACAGAAUGCACAGAUGCAUCAAAUCACCAUGAAUAAUUUAACAAUGUCUGUACUCAACACCUUUGACUACACACACACACCUGAGAAUGCAAGGAUCAGUAUGGUUUUAGAAGAAGAGCCUGAUAUUUACCACCAUUAUUACACCCCGAUGCCUGGCCUCAGUUACCCAGGUUGGAUGCCUUUUACUCAGCCACCGAUACAGACUUCACCCCAUGUUUUCCAGAACAUCCAGGAGCCACCAAAUCCUGCACAACCUGUUCACAUGAAAUAUAAGCAGAGGAGAACUGUACCACCCCCACCUCCACCCAGUGCUGCACAGACUGUUGAUGCUGAUAACUCACCUGCACCAGAGUUUUAUGUUGCAGAGAGAGGGCAGUGAAAGACCAAAUCCAGAUCAUCACGUAUCAGUAAAAACACUUCACUCCUGCAAUAUACAGAACUCACUCAUAAAUAGAGCAUAUAACACAUACAUUCCAUAAUUACCAGAUCAACAAUGCUACCAGAAAAUAUCAAACUGGGAUAGAUAGAUAGAUAGAUAGAUAGAUAGAUAGAUAGAUAGAUAGAUAGAGCACUUAAACCAGGUGUAUAAUACUUUUCCUUAGACUA